AUGACGGCUUCGCACAGUGACUCUUUGGUGGUGUUGUUUGGGGCAACAGCUGGUGCAUAUGGGGCUAAACUGGGUUCGGAUGAGAGGGAACUAAUUCUCUUGGUGUGGCAAGUUGUGGAUCUACACAGCAAGAAGGUAGGGACACUACACAAAUCCCUGGUGAAAGCAGACAAUUUGGACUUAAGUGACCAGUGUCGCGAAGUGAGUGGCUUAACACCAGAGGGAUUGGGCAAAGCUGAACCACUGGACCGGGUUCUUCAACAGUUUAGUCAGCUGGUAUCCAGUGAUUUGAAAGUCCUUGGAAGGAGCUCUUACACACUCUGCAGUGAUGGCCAGUUACUCAUUCGACAAGUCCUCCACCCAGAAACAUCUAAGAAGAACUUCCUGCUGUCAGACUGCUUCUAUUCCUUUUAUGAUCUGCGCAAAGAAUUUCAUACUUGCUACCCUAGUUCAGCCGCCGUGAAAGAUCAGACUAUCAAGACCAUGGCAGAAUAUCUAGGCUUAGGGACAGAUGAAACAGAGGAGGACUUUGGCGUGUGGCAAGUGAAAACCAUGGUGGCUGUCAUUUUCAGCAUGCUCUCUGAGAGUUGUAAUCACAUAUUUACUGAGCCUGAAACUGUGAAAUACAAGUAUGAAACAGGUCCUUGUAGUAAAUCUGAAACAGUGGACAGUGAGACAGUAAUACGUGCCAGAGGUUUGCCAUGGCAGUCUUCAGACCAAGAUAUUGCUCGAUUUUUCAAAGGACUCAACAUUGCCAAAGGUGGUGUGGCUCUUUGUCUGAAUGCUCAAGGAAGAAGAAAUGGGGAGGCAUUAGUUCGGUUUGUCAAUUCUGAACAGAGAGAUCUUGCACUGGAAAGACAUAAGCAUCACAUGGGUAGCAGAUACAUUGAGGUUUACAAAGCAACUGGGGAAGAAUUCUUAAAAAUUGCAGGAGGCACCUCCAACGAAGUGGCCCAGUUCUUAUCUAAGGAGAAUCAAGUUAUCAUCCGGAUGAGAGGCCUUCCGUUCACUGCUACUCAGGAGGAUGUCUUGGGGUUCCUGGGGCCAGAGUGCCCAGGCACAGGAGGGAAAUAGGGACUUCUUUUUGUCAAGUACCCAGAUGGCAGGCCCACAGGAGAUGCAUUUGUGUUAUUUUCCUGUGAAGAAUAUGCACAGAAUGCACUUAAAAAGCACAAAGAAAUACUUGGAAAACGUUACAUUGAACUCUUCAGGAGCACAGCAGCGGAAGUCCAACAGGUACUUAAUCGAUAUAUGUCAACACCUCUUAUUCCCACUCUCCCAACUCCCAUCAUUCCUGUCAUACCCCCACCAUACACCAUUGCCACGGGUAGCAUACGUGACUGUGUCCGGCUCAGAGGCCUUCCUUACACUGCUGGCAUUGAUGACAUCCUGGAAUUUAUGGGAGAUGCCACGGCUGAUAUCAAGCCCCAUGGAGUUCACAUGGUCCUUAAUCAACAGGGACGACCCUCAGGUGAUGCUUUUAUCCAAAUGAAAUCUGCUGACAAAGCCUUUAUGGUGGCUCAAAAAUGUCACAAAAAAAUGAUGAAGGACCGUUAUGUGGAAGUAUUCCAGUGUUCAGGAGAGGAGAUGAACUUUGUUUUAAUGGGUGGCACUUUAAAUCGUAGUGGCUUAUCCCCACCGCCAUGUCUUUCUCCACCAGCUUAUGCUGCUUUCCAAACAGCAGCUGUGAUCCCAGCAGAGGCAGCGCUUUACCAGCCUCAAGCCCUCUUGCCAACCACCAGGACUCCCCAGGCCUCCGCGGCUGCUCCUCCUACUGUUACCUACUACCCAGCUCAGGCUGCUCAGCUUUAUAUGAAUUACACAGCUUACUAUCCCAGUCCUCCAGUAUCCCCUACCACGGUGGGGUAUAUUGCAGCUCCUCCAGGAGCUGUAGCUGCUGCUGCCACUGCCACCCACACUCCGAUUCUACCACAGCCUGGAGCAUUAGUCCGUAUGCAGGGCUUGCCAUAUAACACAGGAAUGAAGGAGAUACUCAGUUUCUUCCAGGGGUACCAGUAUGCACCUGAUGACUACAAUGGCCUUAUUCAGCUGAGCGAUCAAGCAAGGAGUGUGUUACAAGCACCGAAAGAGUGGGUCUGUUUGUAACUCUUUGUAACUUCUGAAGAAGCUCCACGCAGAUUCCAUCCUCGUGCUUUACAACUUUAGUGGCCAGCCCAGUGGAGAGGCAUUGGUGACUUUUCCAAGCCUGGAUCUAGCUAAGAAAGCAGUGGCUGAGAAAAAUGGACAGCUCCUGGGAAGCCGCUAUGUAGAACUGUACCUGGUCUAACUAAACACUCUUUGGGGGAUGGGGAAAGAAUGUCGCACUAAACACCGUGCCUUUUGCAAAAUAAGAAGUCUUCCCUGGACACCCAGGCAGCAGCAAAUGUGCCUUUUCAGCAUAAUAUGUUGGAAUGUAGAGUGGUACAUGUCCUGUAUUUAAUUUGAAAAAUGGCGUAUCCUAUGCCAAAGAUAAAGUGGAACCAAAAAUUAUGCAGUUAAUUUACUUAAUUUCUAAUGUACUUGUUUAAAAAUAAGCAAACCCGCUCCUGGCAUCUAGUUAAUUCUGAAGACAAUCUAAUAGCACUUCAGCUAUCGCAGCCAUGGGAGAAACCU